CGCUCCUGGAAUGAGAAGUCUCAUAGUUUGGGGAUAUGUUCAUGCUGGGAACAUUCACGUGACCUUUCAGAUCACAUUCCUCCUAUUUAUAAGAGUAUUAGUCAUCAGCUUAGAGAGCAGAACUAAUACCAUGUUUGUUAAAUGACUAAAUGUGCACUAUGAAUAACCAGCGGUGGGUAUUUAAAACCACAGCUCUAUCCAAGAGCACACAGAGAAUCCACAGCUAGCACAUGUUUAGACAAAGUGCAAAUAAUAACACUGCACGUAAAAUACAUCUGAAAGGCAAUCUGAAGGCAGUUCCCCCGCAGGAAACAAGGGCUAAAUUCACUGAGUAGAUUGUUUUCCAGAGAUAGCUCACCUAGUUAUCCAUAUAGCAGAGCUGGCAACAGAGCAUGACAGCUGAGGAAUGAAAUGUGAUGGAGCACAACUCCCCUGUGCUGGAGCCUGGCCACGACGCUACGCAGAAAAUGUCGGGAGCGUCCUGCUGUAAGUUUGCAACUCUGUCACUGGCAACCCCGAGGUUUAGGAGCUCUGAAUAAUGCCCAACUUGCUAACUAACGUUGCUCAACUUAGCUUGAGGGAAAGCGCAGUACAAACCGUGUUCACUAUUAGCCCCGACACGUUUGCAAGUCCCAGCCAAUGUGAGCAAGUUUUCCACAUCCCAGAACCUACCAGUGCCUGCAGCACGCUGCCACAAGCACUAUCAGUUCCUGGGGCAGGAGACAUGGCACCUGCCAGGCACCCAGGGCUUCCCUGCUCUGUGUGUGCUGUGUGGGAAGCACUUUGCAGGACAAGAUGAAUGCAGUCAGUGCACUCGGACCACUCUGAUGAAACCAAACGAGAGCAGGUAUCUGGCGGAGCACAUCUGGAGGAGAGGAAGAGUGAAGGACAAAGAUGUGGGAGGAAUGGGAAGGUGGAAAGUAUAGACAGCAGCAUGAAAAAUGGAGAGAGACAGCAAGCUACGUGCCCUCCCUAAAGGGAACACAAGCACAAUGGGGCUGUGAGAGCUCCAGGUUUCUGACAGGGGGAUAAGUGGAAGUGGGAAUACCGGUGCAAGGAAUUUAGGAGGACUCUGAAGAACGAUGUGCUGGAACACGAAGAACUGCAGGACCUGAGUUCCCACCUGCUCCUCAGUUUAGUGCUAAUGUCCAGUGAUGCACUGCCACGCUGCACGGGAUGGCAUUGUGAGGACACCGGGACACACGGGCGCACCACGCUUCUGGCCAAACCUUCCUGGGGCGAGGACAGACAUUACCAGCAAGAGGCACGUGGCUGCAGCCACAUGGCAGCUUCAGGGAGUCGCCCCCUGCCAGCAAACCUUUGUGGUGUCAACACAGCCAGAGGGAAGAAAACGCCACGCUGCAAGCAGCGGCCGAAAGGCUUGGUGGGAGCGUGGCAGCUAAAGGUGCAAAUAUCGCUUCCUUAUUGCAGCCUCCGCGAGCGGCCCUGCCUGUGCAACGCAGAGGAUGUUUUGAAUGGCAGUGAAUCAUCUUGUAAUCACGGCUGGUGUGUCCCGGCCUCGGUGUAUCAUCAGGCCCUCCUCUGGGUCAAGCAAUCACUUGAGGGUGAAUCAUCGCCGCACAGGUUUCUCCUGGCGCAGGCGGGCACGGCAGUGAGCAGAGCUGCCUGCAGCCUGUGUCAGCCAGGCCGACCGAACGGGCUCUCACCGUCCUGCCCGGCAGCCCAGGGAGCCCGCGGGGCCGCUGCCUGCGGUGAAGCAUCACGGACGUGGCAGCACGGAGAGCCCCGCAGACGAUGUGCUGGGCCGGGCACUAGGCAGGAGUCAGGCAGCAAACCACUAACCAGCGAAGUGAUCACUGUUUCCUCAAAACCUGCUCGCCUGUCACAAGGUUGGCGCUUCUCCAGGUUAGAUCGAUGUCGGCAGCGAGCCGGGGACCCCCGUCACAGAAUCACUGAGGCCAGGAGGGACCUGAGGAGGUCACCUGGCCCGGGACCCCACUCCAAGCCAGGCUGUGAGCCCCCCGCUACAUGUCCAAUGUCUGAAACACCAACACUGCAGAGAAGGGAACCCCAUGCAAGCCAAAGGAGCACGUCCAGGUAUGGGGCCCAGCUGAAGAGAGAGCAUGAAGGGAGAAAACAGCAACGCCAGGUAGUACCAGAGGGCUGCAGGACAGACAGAAUAAACUGAGAGAAAGAACAGCAAAACCAUCAGGGGAAGGACAGACGGCACGUUUGCUUUUUCUGCAGACAAGAUGGAGGCCGGAAGGGUGGCAUGCGGACACUUCUGCUUUCUCCCUGCUCGCUGCGCGUGCCGCAGGGCUCCUGCAGCACGAAGGAGCCACCUCCUGACACCAGCGAAGCCCAGGCUGCUGGAUGGGACAGCCAGGCCUGGCCCCACCUCGCCUGCCCAGCCCUCGGGAGGCUGGAGGCAAGGGGUAACCCUCACUCGUGUCUGGGCCAGGCACAGCUGAAUUGGAAGUCAUUAAGAUCAUUAUAAUGGGCUUCAGUGGAUCCUUUCAGUUGGAGGCGUUAUUUAGCCAGGCCUCAUUCUCGUGGUUAUAUCUGAAUAAGCACUAUGCAUUGAGGUGAGGUUCACAGAUGAGACACUCCUGCAUAAAGGCAGUCUCCUACUUGCAAAAGCAGAGUAAUGUCAUUAUGCAUCAUGUUUCACCAGACUUCAAAAUGCCGAGGAAGGUAAGUCAGGUUGUAACCGGCUCCACCUAUGACUUGUAGGAGCUGCGAGGCUCUUCCCAUGGACUGGCACUUGGGAAAGGUCUGCCGUGAGCUCCUACACACGGCAGUCAUUUCUCAGCAGCUGCCGUUCUGGAGGCUUUCGCUGGUCAGUGCAGGUAGCCACCACAAGCAGGGGUCAGCUCAGCAGUUCUUCCCCUCUUGGUAAGGAGGAAGGAGCAGGAGGCCAGCAGCCCUGGGAGCACCUUGUCACGGGGAACAGGAGAAGCGUGCUGACCCAGUGAAGGUGCUGGCAGAGAGCUGGGCUGCUGCCCUGAGCUCAGGCGGAGGGGCACAUGGACACGAGGCUGUGCUGGCCUGGGUGCUGCUGGGGCCAGUGAGCAGAAAUGUGGUCAGGGCCCCCUGGCGAAGAGGGACCUACUGAUCCCACGUCUAUUCUUGGGCAUGCUUCUUUGUAUGGCCUUUAAAUUAGGAAGUAUUAAGUGCCCCUUUAAUUUUGGGCACCUCAUUUC